GCAGCAGCUGACUGCGGAGCCGAGAUGCGCCCGAAGGAGCCUGGGCAGAGCUGCGGUGGGGACCCGCCGGGGCCCGGAUGCGGACCCGGGGACCCCGCAGCGGUCACCCCUGCUCCCCCGCCCGCAGCCAGUCUGGCUCCAGAGCCCUCGGCCGAGUCCGAACCCGCUCCCGCGCAGGCACCGCGGGUUGGACAGGGAGCAGGAUCCGGAGCAGCCUCCGGAUCCCAAUCCGCCUCGGAAGCCCCCACCAGAGCUCGCCCGGCCUCCGAGGCUGGAGCCAAGCGGAAUGCCCGGUCCGUGCCCGACAACUCGGACGCGCCAUGGACUCGCUUCGUAUUCCAAGGGCCCUUUGGCCCCAGAGCCACUGGCCUGGGGACUGGAAAGGCAGCGGGCAUUUGGAAGACGCCAGCCGCCUACAUUGGCCGGCGGCCCGGGGUGUCCGGUCCUGAGCGCGCCGCCUUUAUUCGGGAGCUGGAGGAAGCGCUGUGCCCUAACCUACCUUCGCCAGUCAAGAAGAUCACUCCAGAAGAUAUCAAAGUGAUGUUAUAUUUGCUGGAGGAGAGAGAGCGGGACCUGAACACAGCAGCUCGCAUCGGCCAGUCCCUGGUGAAACAGAACAGCAUUUUGAUGGAGGAGAACAGCAAGCUGGAAGCCAUGCUGAAAUCGGCCCGGGAGGAGAUUAUACGCCUCAGACACCAGGUGAACCUGCGCGAUGACCUCCUUCUGCUCUACUCAGACUCUGAUGAGGAGGAUGAGAAUGAGGAUGACGAAGAGGAGGAGGAGGAAGAAGAAAAAGAGAAGGAACAGGAGAAGCAGGAAAAAAGGCAGGAAAAAGAGCAGGAGGAGGAACAGCAGCGUGAUCAUGCCUAUGAUGCCCCUAAGCCGACUCCCCGGGAGGCACGCCGGCACCGCUGCCCGCAGGUGGACGCCCUGAAGCAGAGGCUGAGGCUGCUGGAGCGGGAGAACCACGAGCUGAGAGAGGAGGCCUCUGAACUCGACACCAUGGAGGAUGAGGAGCAGAUGCUCAUUCUGGAAUGUGUGGAGCAGUUUUCGGAGGCCAGCCAGCAGAUGGCCGAGCUUUCGGAGGUGCUGGUGCUCAGGCUGGAAAACUAUGAACAGCAGCAGAAGGAGGUCUCUCAGCUGCAGGCCCAGGUCAUGAAGCUGCAGCAGCGCUGCCAGUCGUAUGGGAUGGAGACUGAGAAGUUGCAGCAGCAGCUGGCUUCAGAGAAAGAAAUCCAGAUGCAACUCCAAGAAGAGCUGCAGGACCUGCGGGAGAAGUACACGGAUGGUGGGGGCAUGCUGAUGGAGACCCAGGAGAAGGCGAAGACCCUCCGCCAGAAACCCCCGGUGUCCACUGGGUCUGUCACCCACUACGCGUACGGCGUGCCUCUGCAGGCGCUUCCUAGUUUCCAGGAGACCCUGGCCGAGGAGCUGCGGAUGUCGCUGCGGAGGAUUAUGUCACACCCUGUGUAUUUCAUGGAGAGGAAUUAUGGGAGGCCCAGAGGGGAGACGUCAAACCUGAGAUACGAUCUUCGCUACAGUGAGGAGCGAGAGCAGGAGCAGGGGUUCAAGGCCAAGGAGGGGUUGAUGCCGGCAAAGGAUAUCAAGCCGGUGGAAGAUUUCGUGCCUGCGGAGGAGCUGGUGCCCGAGGAGGAGCUGGGGGCCACGGAAGAGGUGCUGGCUGAGGAAGGGGUAAUGGACGAGGGAGAGCUGGUGUCAGAGGAGACAGAGGCCUGGGAAGAGGUGGAGUCGGAGGUGGAUGAGGCCACGCGGAUGAACGUGGUGACCUCAGCCCUGGAGGCCAGUGGCUUGGGCCCUUCGCACCUGGACAUGAAGUAUGUGCUCCAGCAACUGGCCAACUGGCAGGAUGCCCAUUACAGUCAGCAGCUGAGGCAGAAGAUGUUCCAGAAAGGUGAGUGCUCCCGCGGGAGCCUCCCUCCAGCCAGCCAGCCAAGCUGCAGAUCAUCAAACCAAUGAAAGGUGAGGGUGGGUGAGCCCCCUCCCUCACGUGCUCACUUGCCCCAGCCUGGCCCCACCCAGCGUGCUGAUUUGCAUGAACUUUGCAUAUCAUUUGCAUAGGUGCCUCAGGUCCCGGGCAGUGGGAACUGUGGCCCCAAUUGCUCAGUUUUGUGGAAUUUGCUUAGGAUUCCAGAUCUCCACCCACUUUUCUCCUGGGGGCUGGGCUGGGGGUCAGGGCCGGGACUCUUCCACCUCCACCAUACCCCUGUACUUCAGCUUCCUGUCUCUGCUGCCGCCCUCCCCUGCCCUCCACCCCCACCUCCCCUGUCCCCAAGGCUCCCUGGGGGGGCGGGAUCGUGGGGCAGCGGCCCAGGGUGCCAACCAGGACUUUCAGAGGCUGGAGGAGGACAGGGCUGGCCACCCUCCCAGGGCCUGGGAGGAAGAGGGGCCUUCUGGGGCCACCCAGGCCACUGGGGACAAAGGCCUCCUGCCAGCAAGGGCCACAGUCGGACCAGUCCCCUGGGUGAGUCUGAAAGUGGGCUGGGGUCUCCUGCAGGGUGGGGGUGGAUCAGGGCUCCUCUCCCCAGCUAGAAACCCCAGUGUUUGUGCACGUCACCUGCUGAGUGCAGGCCUUGUGAGCCCUGCCAUUGAGGAGCUCACAGUGACAUCAGAGAUGAUCUAGCGACGCUCGUGCACAUCCGGCCCUUUGCACUUGCAUUGGCUCCUUUAAUCCUCAUGCCCUAUGGCAUGGUAUUAUCAUCCCUGUUUCUUAGUUGAGGAAACAGGUUCAGAGAGCUAAGUGACUUGUGCAAGGUCACACAGCGAGGAGGAGAUCUGAGCCUGUCCUCUUCGCUACCGUGUCAUAUCUGCUUCCUUGGCCCAUCUGUCCUCUCUGAUGCUGUCCUGGUGCCCCACCUGGCCUGCUGGGUUAGCCUUGAAGUUUGUAACUUGUUGGCACCCUCCAUUAUAUCUGGCCCGUCCCCAUUUUGAUGGCCCUUUGGUCACCGCUGGGUGGAAUAACACUGGCCUCAUCAGGGCCGCUGUGUAAGGUUGUGCAGGUUGUAAACUGAGCUUUAUGGCAGCGGGCAACCUGCGUAACUGUCAAUGGUGGCUUUCUGCCCCCUUCUGAUGUGGCUGACCAGACCCCUGCCCGCUGCCCAGGCUGGGCCUGUGAUCGUGAGGCUCCUUAUUCACGUCCACCCGCUUCUCUUCCAGGCUUUGCUGUUUCCCAGCAGCCUGCAGAGGCCCCACAGACAGCUUGAGGCCCCUCCUUCCGCUGCCCGGCCAAGCCCCGCCCACCCCAGACCCUCCUUCCCUUCCUCUGAAACGGGACCCCAUGUCUGUCGCCAGCCCAGCCUCUGUCCUGAUGGACCUGGGCCGCAGCUUGAGGGCCCAAGCCUCGACCCUCUUCUGGGACAGGCUGAAGGAGCCCCCGCUCUUGUUCUGCAGCUGCUGCAAAAGCUGUGGCUGCUGGGCCUGGAUCACAUGGUGGCCCAGGGGGCAGAAGCAGCCUGUAGGGGGGAGGCCUACUGGCUACCAGACCCGGCUCUGAGGUGGGGCCAGCCUGAGCCGGGGUGGGGGCUCCAGUCCCAGCUGUGGGAAGCUGUGAGCCCCCUCCUAGCGACACACUCCUCACACCUUGACCCUACAUUAAAGUGGCUCCCGAGUCCUUGUUGACUUUAGGGACCUGGCCCUCUGCCCUGUUCUUCGUCCUUUCUUCUCAGUCCCUGAUCACUGUUGUAGCCACAAUGUCUCUAGGUGUGGGUGGGUGAGGGGUCCCUCUGCCCAGUGGUGUGUCUCACCUCCUUCCCCACUCCUGGUGGCCUGAGAGUGUCCGGGCUCCCUGCCUGAGGCCCAGCCCCUCCCUCCUGCUGUCCUCCCUCACGCCCCUUGUUUCCUUGUUCUAGACGUUCUGGCCUUUCCCAACGCUUUGCUCAUGAAUAGCUGAGGUCUGGUGCUCAGGCCUCCCGUUGGUGCGUGGCGCACUCCCCACAGCGCUUCCCAGUCUCCUCUUACUUGUCAACUCGUGUACGUGCCAGCGCGAAAUAAAGGAUCUGUGCGCUAA